GCCGACUGGAGAAGCCGCGGCCGCCGACGCCGUACUCUGACGUCACGAGGCCACAGCGGCCACUCGCGCCGGCUCGGCUCUCGCGCUAGCCAGGGCCGGAAGUGGGGCUCGGGCGCUUUGCCCCGGUUGCCAUGGCCGUGUUGGGGUGGCCCCAGUGGAAGCGUAUUGGGGUUUGCUGGGGCUGGUGGGGAGGCCGGGCCUCGGCCCCGCCACAGCGGCAGCCGCCUUGGAGGCCGAAGAGCACGAACCCGUUCGCCCGAGAGCAGGAGGAAGAGUGGCGGCGGCGGAACCGCACCGUACUCACGUACGUGGCCGCGGCCGCCGUGGGAAUGAUCGGAGCCUCCUACGCCGCGGUCCCCCUUUACCGCCUCUACUGCCAGACUACAGGACUAGGUGGGGCACCUGUAGCUGGUCAUGCUUCAGACCACAUUGAGACUAUGGUACCUGUUAAGGAUCGAAUCCUUAAAGUCACCUUCAAUGCAGAUGUGCAUGCAAGUCUCCACUGGAAUUUUAGGCCUCAACAAACAGAAAUAUAUGUGAUGCCAGGAGAGACUGCAUUGGCAUUUUACAAAGCUAAGAAUCCUACUGACAAACCAGUCAUUGGAAUUUCUACAUAUAAUGUUGUGCCUUUUGAAGCUGGACAAUAUUUUAAUAAAAUACAGUGCUUCUGUUUCGAAGAACAAAGGCUUAAUCCUCAAGAAGAAGUAGACAUGCCAGUGUUUUUCUUCAUUGAUCCUGAAUUUGCUGAAGAUCCCAAAAUGGCAAAAGUGGAUGUGAUCACUCUUUCUUACACAUUUUUUGAAGCAAAAGAUGGACAUACAUUGCCAGUCCCAGGUUUUAAUUGAAAUGAGAAACAUCUUUCCUUUGCCCUUUCUUAAUUCUUUUGGCUCAGUUUUGUAAUUUUUUUUGAGAAAUCAUGUUCUCAGGUCUUUUUAGAAAGAUAUUAGUAAGGAAAAACCAAUUUUUAUUUUAAACCAGAAUCACAUGUACUUAUAAUAUUUUUCUCAUAAACUACUUUUUUUGUCUUUUGGUUUGUAUGAAACCAUAAGAAUGGAGGUACUACUGAAGAAAAAUCUUGGUGCAAAUUUCAACUUAAAACCAUAUUUGCAUAUUUGUAAAAUAACAUUCAAAUUCUUUUUGGGGGGUGGUAUAUUUUUUUUAAAAACCCUGCUCAAUUCCAUAAGCAUGCACAUGUGGAGCCGAUGAUACAUACUAAGAUCACAUAAAUACUAAAGCUACUUUUAGUUCUAAAAUCUCAUUCAUUUCUUCUGUUAAAGAUGAAGAUGUUGAAGCCCUGAGAAAUGAAAUGAUUUGCCAAACAUUACACAGCUAGUUAGUGGCUUAGAACCCAGGUCUUCCACUAGACAAGUCUUUCCAUUGCCAUUGUGGCCAUCUUGAAAUACACUUGGCUUUUGAUUUGUUUUGUUUAAUCUGCUUCUGAAAUCAGUGACCUUAAAAAUGGCAGGUAUAUUAUUCAAAAAGAAACCUGGUCAAUCAGUUCCAAAAGUGUUAUUCCAUGAUAUUUCCCCCCAGUGUAGUGCUAUAUUGGAGAACUGAGAAAUAUUUUUAUACUUGUGAUGGGCAAAACUAAAUGUGUGUGGUUACCUUACCUGUCCCCUGUGUGGGGAAAGCUAGCUAGCAUUUACUGUAUUAGAAGUUAGCAAAGAGAGAACAAGUGUCUCUGAAAGAAUAGGAAAAACCUAUCUACCCUAGAGGACACAUCAGAGUCCAGCUUGUCCUCGAUCUUCUAACACCUCGAAGUUCCAACCACCAACAACCAAAGCAAACAGCCUUACAUACUGCUUCAAGCUGAUUGGUUGAGGGUGGUCUCAUGUUGAUGUGAGGUAACUUCUGGACACUGAAUCACCCUUAGAAAGGUCAGCACACGGGGGCACGGGCAGCUAGGUGGUGCAGUAGAUUGAGCACUGGCCCUGGAUUCAGGAGUACCUGAGUUCAAAUCUGGCCUCAGACACUUAACACUUACUAUCUGUGUGACCCUGGGCAAGUCACUUAAACCCA